AUGACUCCUCCAUCAUUUCUUUCAUCUUUCUUUCUUCUCUUCGUUUUACUUUCUUUUUUCUUCCUGAGCAUCAAUGGCCAAAACCUCAUCUACGACACUUGCAAAACCUCCUCACAACAAGACCCCAAUGUGAAGCUCCAAUUUUGCACCACCUCUCUCCAAGCUGCACCAGCUAGCCAUUGCGCUGACCUUAAUGGCCUUGGGAUGAUGUCCAUCAGACUAACACGGUAUAACCUUACUGAUACCAGAUGUUACAUCAAACAGUUGCUGAAAAACAACACAAAGAAGCUUGAUCCGUAUGUAAAGUCGUGUUUGGAUGAUUGUUUUGAACUCUACUCUGAUGCUAUCCCGAGUAUCAAACAGGCCAUGAAGAGUUACAAUUCCAAGCGUUAUUUUGAUGCAAACGUACAGAUAAGUUCGGUUAUGGAUGCUACUACAACUUGUGAAGAUGGGUUUACUCAGAAAAAGGGCGUCGUUUCUCCACUUACCAAGAAAAAUGAUGCAACGUUUCAAUUGUCUGCUGUGGCGCUUUCAAUUAUGAACAUUCUUCAGAGUGAUUCAAAAUGA